UCGUUUUCAUCGUCUCGGUACAUUCACCGGCGCGUAGAAAAGUAACAGCGAAAUCCCGAAAGUACCCUUGCUGACGGUUUAAACCCCACCCCAGCUCCUCUCCGCACUACAAAUCUUUGUAUAACAUAAGCCAACCAAUUUUCUCUCCGCUUCAUAAUACAAUGGACAUUCAUAUUCAGGCUUCAUUAUCUUCUUCUUCUUCUUCUUCUUCUUCUUCUUCAUCAUCAUCAUCAUCCAUUGAAUCUACAGUUUCAGAACCCCAUAAUACAUAUGCAGAGGAUCGGGAAUCUGGGAAUUUCGGGUGCUUGCAUUAUCGAAGGAGAUGUAAGAUUAGAGCGCCCUGUUGUGAUGAGGUCUUUGAUUGUAGGCAUUGUCAUAAUGAAGCUAAGAACUCACUUGAAUUGGAAACUCUUGAUCCACAUGAUGUUCCUCGCCAUCAAAUUCAGAAGGUUAUUUGUUCCUUGUGUGAUACAGAACAAGAUGUUCAGCAGUACUGCUCGAACUGUGGAGUCUGUUUUGGGAAGUACUUCUGCAGCAUAUGCAGAUUCUUUGAUGAUGACGUUUCAAAAAGUCAAUAUCAUUGUGAUGAAUGUGGAAUCUGUAGGACUGGAGGGAAGGAAAAUUUCUUCCACUGUAAGACAUGUGGAUGUUGCUAUUCAAAAUUAAUGAAAGAUGGUCAUCGUUGCAUCGAGCGAGCAAUGCAUCAUAGCUGCCCUGUAUGCUUUGAGUUUCUAUUUGACACAACAAAAGACAUCAGUGUCUUACCUUGUGGCCAUACCAUACAUUUGGAAUGUGCAAAGGAGAUGGAAUCGCAUUUCCAGUACUCUUGCCCCGUCUGCUCAAAGUCAAUCUGUGACAUGUCUAGGUUGUGGGUAAAGCUUGAUAAAGUGAUUGCUUCAACUCCGAUGCCUGAUAUAUAUAAAAACAAGAAGGUGUGGAUUCUAUGUAAUGACUGUGGUGCAGAAGGUGAAGUUCAAUUCCAUGUGGUAGCUCAUAAAUGCUUGGAUUGCAACUCCUACAACACCAAACAAACAAUUGGAAGAAGACGUACUGCUUCUUGCUCAUCCACAACUGUUCCUGAGAUAGUGAGUUAGACUUUUCUACCAAAAGAAGAUUCAAAGAAAGAAAUUCUCGAUAAGAUCUUUACUUGAUUAGGAUCUGUUCUAUAGAUUAUAUAGUUAUGUCAUUGAGUUCUACCAAGAAAUUCUUGGUCUUGCUCGCCAUGAUGUGGUUGCCCUUCCCAUAACUACAUUCGUUGCUUCAAUAAAAAUGAGCUCUAAAAUCCAAUGGUUAUAGGAGAGUUAACCAUAAUAAGACUACUGCACCUGAUAGGUUUUGGUCAUAUGGUUCUACAUUAUUCCACCUGGCAUGUGUGUAUAUAGAAAUUUUGUUGGACUUAAAUGGUUUAAGGUUCCAUUUGGCUUUUGUGUUUUUGUUC